AUGGCUCUUGAAACAAUGCAUAAAGACUCCUGUAUGUGCUCAAAAUCUGAACUCGAUUUAUUUUCUAUUCCACCGACUCAAGUGGUAAUGGAAAAAGGAUUUUGGGAAGAUGUUGAUCCUAUUACGAGUAUAUCUUCAUCAGAUACGAUAGAAUUUUUAUGUGCUGCAAAUUCUGCAGUUUACACUGACUUAGCAAGCAGUUACCUAUACGUUAAAACAAAGAUCUCUACCGCAACCGGAGGUAAUGUGGGUGCAGACAUUCAAGUUGGCCCUUCAAACCUUUGGAUGCAUGCAUUGUUCUCACAAGUUGAAGUAUUUCUGAACAAUAAACUGGUCACCCCAUCAAGCACAGCAUACCCUUACCGAGCGUAUAUCGAAACGAUCCUGAACUUUAGUAAAGACGCCAAAGAUUCACAUUUCACCUCAGCACUAUUCUAUAAAGAUAAAGCUGGAAAGAUGGAUGCAGUCAACCCUCUCGCACAAGAUGCCAACGUCAACACUGGAUUAAAACAGCGCCAUGCAUAUACACAUGAAAGUAAAUCUGUCGCCAUGGAAGGAAGAAUUCAUUCUGAUCUAUUCGCGCAAGACCGUUAUAUUCUUGGUGCUGUUCCAAUCAAGAUCAAACUGGUGAGAUCUAGAAAUCCGUUUUGUUUGGUAUCAUCCGCAGAAAAUACCAAUUUCAAAGUGGUCAUCGAAGAAUGCUUGUUUCGUGUACGACGAGUUAACGUAGCCCCCAGUAUUAUACUGGCUCAUUCCCAGUCCCCUCAACAAACCACUGCCAAAUACCCAAUCAAUCGCAUCGACUGUAAGGUCGUCUCCGUACCUCGGGGGAACAUGUCUGGAAAUCAACCUAAUAUAUUUCAAGGUGGUUUACCAAAUCGUAUCGUGAUUGGAAUGGUCGACGCAGAUGCCUUCAACGGUACAUAUACGAAGAAUCCGUUCAGUUUCAAAAAUUACGAUAUCACAACCAUGGGUCUCACUGUUAACGGAGCGAACUUACCUGGAAAACCAUUACAAUUGAAAUUUGGAGCAGAUAGUAAGUACAUUUCUGCAUUUUAA